AUAUAUCUAAAUAUGAAUGCGUGCAUAUUAUUUUUAAACACACCGAUGACAUUUAACACAAAAUGAACACCUCCUAAUAGCGGCUUUAAUGAUAAUUUGCAAAAUGCACAUAAUUUUAUUACUCGAUGCCUUGUUCCGGAAAACAGCUGAUUCGCUGCAACAGGCGCGAAACUACGUCGGCUGCAGAGUGAUACGUGACCAGAAGCGAAGAAAGUGGGCAAAGCAGUACGCUGAAGAGCGAUUGCGGCUACUCGUGUUGAAGCGAAACGACGUUCUGCCAUUUGAAAUAAGGGAAAUGGCUGGCAAACAAUUGGAAGAAACGAUCCCCAGGCAGACUGCCCUGAGACAAUUGACCGACAGAUGCGUGGUGACUUCUCGAGGAAGGGGCGUGUUGUGGCGUUGGAGAGUGUCGCGGUUCAUCUUCCGCGAAUUGAUCGAUCACAAUAAGAUGUCCGGGAUGCAACGUGCUAUGUGGUAGAUCAAUUCACACGCAUGUGUACGUCAGGGUACGCGCGCUGUGCUUAGAUUAUAAUAUAUCUCUCGAAUAUACAUGACCAUCAAUAAAGUGUAUGAUACGUGAACGAAUGCGUGAACAGAAUAGCGAAAAUAAAAUACUGUUACCAUUA